UUGUUGUUUUUCACGUUAAUCUCGUUAAGGUUACGAAGCUAUAGCAAAUGUUCGUUCGUCGUCGUUCGGUCCCCCUGUCCUCCCCGCCGUUCAUCGUGAACUGCUGUGGAGUGACUGGGUAGAGCGCCUGUGGCUACCGUACCACCGCAGAAGUAACGAAGCCGACAGCGGCAUCGUGAUGUGCUUUGGCGCUCAGGUACUUCAGCCCGAACCGAACGUAACCGGUCAGAUGGUGAUGAAGAUGAAGACAGUUGGCCGAAUGUCAUGUGUCAUGUCGUUACAUACGCCGUUCAUCUAUCAUCGAUGGUCAACUGGGCGCCAGGUGAGUGACCGUCGAUUCACGGAAUGA